CCCAGACCUCAUAUUUACCAGCGUGCAGACCACACUCGCCGGAAAUGUUACGUGUAUAACCAGGAAUACGCUUUCACCUACUGGAGAAACAGCGUUGGAUAAGACCAAGCAAACAACCGCGAGUCUCCAAGUUCUAUAUCCUCCUGUUACACCAUCAUGUACCAUCAACGCAACUUUGAUCUCGACUACCGCAAUACUACUAAAUGGAACAGACGGCAAUAUAAUCUGUACCAGUUCCGCCAUGCCGACUCCGAUCUCAUACACCUGGUCUACUCAGGGCCGUGGAAUAGUGUCUGGAGCUUAUUUAUCCCUGACCAAUGUUCAGCACCCAGCUGACCAAGGACAGUAUACACUGACCGUAACAAAUACAAUGGAUCCCACUGGAGAAAUCAUGGAAACGGGUACAAAUACUACUACGUUUUGGGUGGAUGUACAAUGUGAGUUGUAUAAAAAAUAUAAAAAAGACAAAACGAGGGCUAUCCCACUUAAUCGUAGACUUUGUUGAUAAAACAAUUAUACGACGUCACAUAUGGAAAAUACUUAACAUCUAAUUUAUUCAAUAUUUAACAAAAAAAUUUAGAAAACAAAAACGGUAUUGUUUAGUUUAGUGUUAAUACACUGUUUUUAAUGUACAACUAUACCUUACAGGCGCAGUCUAAUAAGCAAACGUUAGAAAAUUCGUUAGUUCUGAUUAAAGUGUUCAGAGAAGACAUUUGCGUCAAUUUCCCCGGGAAAAAACGUCAUAUCGUAUGACGACGCCGUUAUUUGGACGUCAUCAUGUUAAGUUUCAAACAAUAUUGACGUUAUUACUGACAAUGAUACACAUGAUAAUAUUACAUCAUCAGAAAUUGUGUUAAGCAGAAAAUGGCGACGUCAGGCAAAGAAGCGGCGUGCAGAACAACUAUUCAAUGCUUUCAACCAGGAAUAAAGCCUAUCAACGCGUUACGCCAGAUGAAAUCCACAGAUCAUUACAAAAAUGUUUCAAUUGUGUAUAAAUGACCUGGUAGAUUAAGCGCCGGUAAUACGGAUAGUGUACUUCGUGGGCGGCCGAAGUACAAGGAUUGCAGAACAGUAAAAACUGUGCAGGACGUCAUCGACUGUGACAGACGACGUACCGUUCGAGAAGUUGCUGAGAUGGCCGAUAUAAGUUAGUCUACAGCACAACGCAUUCUUAAAUCGGACUUGGGUAUGUCACACGUGAGAGCUCGAUGGGUCCCUAGACUACUCACAGUGGAAGAAAAGGAUGUUCGAGUCAGAGCAUCAAGGACGUUCGUUCGAAAAGUUGGAAGAGAUCUCGCGAAUUAUAACAACAUACGAGACUUGGGUCCACUACUUUGAACCAGAGAGUAAACAGGCAUCAAUGGUUUAGAAGCUCGUCGACAGCACCUCCUAAAAAGGCGAAGGCAGUGAUGUCGAUAGGAAAGGUGAUGUGAAUCGUCAUAUAGACCUGCAGGGUGUCAUAUUGGUGCAUAUCGUCAAACCCGGACAUACGCAUGAUACGGUCAACUCAAGCUACUAUUCGCAGGUUGGUUAAUAAUAAAUUACUUAAAUUCACUAGAUAAAAAUAUAACAUAAUAUAAAAUUAUUAUAACAAUAAAAUCGUUAAUGGUUGAAGUUUAUGAAAUGUUUAAAUGAUUCAAGGUUUAAAACUCUUAUAACACUUAUUCGUCAAACUAAGGAAAUUGUGUUUUGUCUCAUCCCAGACGGUACGCCGCGAUCUCAUGCAUGCGUUACGGAAGAAGUGCCCAGACAGCACAGAUUGAAAACUUAGUAUACCACCUGGACAAUGCGCCAAGCCAUACUGCUAAAAACACACAAUUAGACAUCCAUGUGUUAGGGUUCAAGCGAGCUAUCCAUCCACCAUAUUCCCCCGAUCUUGCGCCAUUGGAUUUCGCAUAUUUUCCAAAGUUGAAGACAUUUCACGAGGAACAUGAUUCAAUGAUAGAACUGAGAUCAGCCAUGCGAUACAAACAUAAAAUCGCAUAUUAGACCGUGACUGGUUCAUGAACGUUUAUGAGAAUUGGGUAAGACGCCACCAUAAGUGUAUCGCACAUCAGGGUGAAUACUUUGAGAAGGCAUAAUAUGUGACAUUCUUAUGUUAUCUACCGCCACAAUUUUGACGUCGGCUUGAGCCGAUUAUGUAUGUGUACAUGGUAUUAUUAAAUGUGUUGUAGAAUUUUUAUUUAUUGUUCCUUUGUAGUGUUAUUUCGUGUGUAUUUGCACAAGAUCAUGAAUAAAACGUCAGAUAUCUUUGUCUUCUUUUAGUUCAUUAGUUUUUCGGAAAUAAGGAACGUCUACGAUUUAAUGGGACAGCCCUCGUAUGUAUGUAUUUCUUACAACACCUAGCUCUAUUCUAAGUAAUUAUUAUUCAACAUGAUUCUUAUUACUAUUACAUCUUCGAGUGAGACUUGCACAAUAAAUAAAAUGAGUUAGAUUGUUUUUAAAUAUAUAGAACAGCACAGAACACAAGUUUAUUUCCACACAUAACAUCACACAUAUAUACAUCAAUGAAGUAGACUAUGAUAGUCCACGAUCAUUUCCAUUAUUAAACACUUGCUUGGCGGUGAUGAUAUGUUUUUUAACUAGUUGAGAUAUUUUACAGUAACAAAAAUAGUAGCAAAUGUUAAUCAAAGAAGAAUUAUUACGAACAAAUCCUUAUUACAACUAUAUAACGGCUGGUAUUAAUACAUAUAAUAAUCAUGUAACAUGCAAAGUAAUGAAAUUCUUUCUCUGAGCAAAUGCUUUAUACACAAAAAUAGAAAGAUUCUUUAACAAAUCAGUAUGAUCUGUAUUCAGCAAUUCUAUGGUUUUAAACAUAUUUGGAUUAGUACGAUAAUAUCUAGGAAUAUAUUUAGAUCUAAAAUUUGUAUACAGGCUGCAUUCAACCAAGAAAUGAAUUUCGUCUUCUAAGACAUUACAAUGUGGGCAAAGUCUUUGUUCCUAAAUUGUAUUAUUCCACCUACCAACUUCUAUAUUUAACCGAUGCGACAAUAAUCUCAAUUGGCUUAAAGCAAUUCUGAAUUUCUGUACAUUAACACACUUAAGAUAGGGUUUUAAUUCAAAUUCAGAAAUGUUUCUAUAAAAUAAAGCUCUUGAGGAGUCUGACAAUCCGCUGUUCAAAUUUUGAACAUAAACGUCUCGUAUGCACAACAUCGAACUGUCAGUCUCAUACAGAACAGAUAAGAUGUACUAACCAUGUUUACUCCUGUAGUUGGACCUAAAGUGCAAGUUCCUAAUACUUAUAACAUUUUGGAGGGCGCUGCUUUAAGCUACCCAUGCUUGUUUAUUCCUGGAAACCCUUCUGAGACAUCCAUUGUCUGGACGUCGUCAGUUGACCACAGACAAUGGAAUAGCCAAAUUGUUAGUAUCAGCUCUGUGCAGAGAUCUGACGACGGCAUGUACACGUGUACUGCGACAAACAAGAUGGCGCCUACUGGAUCUCCCAUCCAGAUUGGAAUUCACAGUGGAACUACGCACAUUAAUGUGCAGUAUGAAUCUCUCAUUAGUGACUUUCACCUUACUGAGCACAUCGGAACUGUUACUGUUACAAAAUCAGAGUACAGUGAUGCGACGUUUACCUGCACUGUGGAUAGCAAUCCGCUAUCAACCCUCAAAAUUCGAAAGGAAGAUGAAAUUAGGAGAUCAGUCGAAAAUUCAAAACAGCUGGAAUAUACCAUUGUAAACUUAACGUGCUGGGAUGCCGGGCUUUACACAUGCGAUGGCAGCAAUAAGUUUAAUAAUAACACACCUUCGACGAAGGAUUUGAGGUUGUUUGUAACAUGUGCACCAAGGCGCCCUCCUGGCGGGAAUAUCAAUACGAACUUUACAGCCCGACUACAUGACAAAGCAACACUGCAAUACACAGUCCUUGCAUACCCAGUCCCUAGUCCGUCACAGUUUGUGUGGAAGAGAUGUUCAAGCAGUACAAAAUGUACCAAUUUAUCAAAUACCUCCAGAAAAACUGAAAUUACAACAAUAGGAUUAUCGAGUAGUUUGACCAUUUUUGAUAUCAGUAUGGAUGAUUUCGGCGUCUACACUAUUUCAAUUGACAACGGUAUUGGCGAGGAGUUAGUCGAAGAGAUCUUCCUUCAACCAGUAGGUCCACCUGACUCGCCAAGAGGGUUCAAGGUUAUUCCAAAUACAAUCACGAGCUACAGCGUUGUACUUACAUGGAUUCCAGGGUUUAAUAAUGGUCUUCUGCAAACCUUUCACAUAUCAUAUCGGCCUUCAAAACCCUUUGCAGAUUGGCUUGAGAUGAAUGUCACACAUACAGGAGAGACUGAGAUGAACGUUACACUUGACAAUUUAGAACCAGGAGAGUCGUACAUUGUCGAAUUGUAUGCAUUAAAUUUAGAAGGGGCGUCAGUGAGAAGGAACAUAACGUUCAGCACCUUGACGCAUACACCAUCAGAAAUCAGCCAUUUAAAAACACAGACCUCUACAAUUGCUGGUGGUGUUGCAGCUGGGAUUGUAUCGAUACUGGGUAUUUCGGUAGUCAUCUUUGUUCUUCGCAGGAAAUAUUCUGUAUCGUGUGCCUUCAAGCUUACCCGUAAAGAAGAUUCACCUUCAAGUCAAACUGGACAUGGCACUGGAAACCCCGGAUAUAACGUUGCGGUUACUUACGAAGAGGUGUCAAUGACAAAUAACAAGACUGUUUAUGACGCUCUAGAUAUUGGAAACGACAGAUCCAAAGAAUCACACGUGUAUACGAGUUUGGAUGAUUCAAAGUCUAAUGUAAACUACGAGAAUGUCAAACCAGAGGAUCCCAUUUACAACAACACGUCACUGACAAAUCCGGCGCAGACAGUGCUCUAAUGGUCAUAUAACUGUAGCUCAAAGCCUAGAUAGUGUAUACUAUUAUAUAUUUUUAGUGAUUAAUUCUCGUAUUUUGCCAGACCGUGUAAGACCAAAAUCGAUAACCGACUUGUAAAAUGCGGUAAACCGAUAUGACAUAAUGUAUUUAUUUUUAUGUUCAUGGACGUAGAACAAAACAAAGGAAAACAAAUCUUUGGAUACUUUUGUCGGUAAUCUCCAUUAUAGUAUCAUAUCCAGAAUAUCUUAAACUUAUCAAACUCAUCUUAAAAUUGUUUAAAGUCACACACAUAAAUAAAACCAGAGCUGCACAUUUGGAAUUCGAUUUUUAUUUAUUUUAGGGAUACUUCUUCAAAACAUUUAUAUUACGCAGUACAUUGCUUGUGUUUUUGUAAAUAGAGCAUAUAUACACUUAAUGCUAUGUUUUCUAAUGUACACAGCCUUGUAAUAAUCUGAAGGUUUUAAUGGUAAAAUCCGAACAAUUGAAUAGCAAAAUGAUCUUCAAGUGGAAUGUAGAGCAUAAAGAACAGUUUUUAGAAGAUAUAAGUCGAGAUAUUGAUAUUUUAUGUGGACAGUUAUAAACAAUGAAAAGCAAUGAUUGUUAUACGUAUGAAAUGGUACAAACAUUUACGGUAUUUUUAAGCUCUAAAGGAAAUAAGUACUUUGAAAAGCGCACUAAGGUAGCAAAAAAUACAUAUUUUACGCAAAGCGACAAAACUAUGAAAAAAUGGUUUAAUGAAGACUGUCGUGUCAAGAAAAAUAUUUAUACCGUCAAUUUAAAUACUUAUAAUUUGAAUAAAACUAAUGAAAGUAGAACUGAAUUACUACCGGCAAAAAAGAUUAUAAAUAUCAAUGCAGAUUAAGUAAACGCAAAUAUAAUCAGGCACAGGCAAAAACAAUGAAUGAUAUGCGAAAUAAAAAAACAAAAGAAUUUUGGAAAAUGUUUCGACGGGCGCCAGUAAACGAUAACAGUGAAAAUGUCAAUAUCAGUUCCUUUUUUGAACACUUUAAAAAAUUAUCAAGUGAAACGGUAAUUGAAGAAGACGUAGACAUCCAGAAUUUUGUUGAAAAAUUUUCUACUGAGAUUUUAACAAUAUUCGAAGAACUCGACUUAUCAUUUACAAAGAAUGAAAUUAGAAAAGCGGUGAAAUUACUAGGAACAAAUAAAGCAUGCUCUUUUGAUAACAUUAUUUAUGAAUAUUUUAAAGAGGGGAUUAACAUAUUGGAAACUCCUUUGGAGAUUAUAUUUAAUUACAUUUUAGAAAAGCAAUGCUUUCCGAGUUCGUGGUCAAAAGGCGUAGUUUUACCCAUAUUUAAAAAAGGUGAUAAUUCAGAUCCUAAUAAUUAUCGAGGCACUACAUUGACUAGUUGUUUCGCUGUUUUUACUGUUUUGAUAAAUGAAAGGCUGAAACGAUGGGUUAAGGAAACAGACUUACUCACCGAUGCUCAAUUCGGUUUUAAAAGCAAUAAUAGUACAAUAGAUGCAAUUUUCUUGUUGAUGUCGUUCAUUGACAAACAACUGCAAAAGAAAAAGAAGCUAUAUUGUUGUUACAUUGACCUACUUAAGUAUUUUGAUUCUAUUUAUAGAAAUGGUUUGUGGUUUAAGCUAUUGAAGUCUGGAUUAGACGGUCGUCUAUUUAACGUUAUUAAAUCAAUUUAUUGUCAAGUAAGAUUAUGUGUAAAACAUAUGGGCUCGCUAUCUGAUUUUUAUGAUUGUGAUAUUGGCCUUUUACAGGGAGAAAUAUUGUCACCGAUUUUAUUUUCAAUUAUCGUUAAUGAUAUAGAACUAUAUUUAAAUGAAAAUAACGAUGCAGGUUUAACAUUAGACCAACUUUCAAUUUAUUUGUUAUUGUUUGCAGAUGAUGCUGUAAUAUUUUCUGAUACUGUUGAAGGUCUUCAAAGAUCUUUAAAUAAUUUGCAUGCAUAUUGUGAAAAGUGGAAACUUAAGGUUAAUAUUAAUAAAACAAAAAUAGUUGUUUAUAAAAAGGGAGGUAAUAACAAUGAAAAUGUAAAUAUUUAUUACAAUGAUGAAUGGAUAGAAAAGGUUGGGGGAUCAUUUAUGAAUGCUACACAGACAUUAGCAGAUAAAGGACUUAAGGCUAUGGGAAAUUUGUUUGGGAUAACUAGGGGGAAAAAAUUCCUGUAAAAAUUAUGUUGAGUUUAUUCGACUCAUUUGUGUCAUCAAUUUUGUGCUAUUCUUGUGAAGUAUGGGGCUUUUGUAGAGCUGAAAAUAUAGAAAGGGUUCAUAGAAAAUUUCUGAAAAGACUUCUUGGUGUAAAAAUAAGCACUAGUAACUCUGCAAUAUAUGGUGAACUAGGACGGUACCCUAUGUAUGUUACUAGACAUGUACGAAUUGUUAAAUAUUUUCUUAAACUGUAUCAAUUUAAAAGAGACAAUUGCAUUUUAUACAAUACAUUGCAAAGCCUUCGAUAUGAUGCGGAAAAUAACGCAAAUUCAAACAAUUGGUGUUUUAAUGUACGCACUUUAUUACAAAAUGCAGGAUUCCAUGAAGUAUGGUUAUAUUCGGAGUCGAUUAAUAUUGAUUAUUUUAUUCCUAAUUUUAGAAGAAGGUUAAUCGACUCGUUUAUUGGACAUUGGAAAAAUGAUAUAAACUCAUUAAGUUCACUAGUGUUAUACAGAGAACUAAAAUGCACUAUACAUAUGUCAUCGUAUAUAGAUAAAUUGUAGAGCUAUAGACUUAGGAAUAUUAUUGCUAGAUUAAGGUUGUCCUCUCAUAUGUUAAAUGUUGAAAGAGGAAGAUAUGUUAAUAUUGAAAGAAAUCAACGUAAAUGUGUUUCAUGUGUUCAUAAUGAUAUCGAAGAUGAAUAUCACUUUGUUUUGAUUUGUCCGAAAUAUAAUGACAUUAGGAAAAAAUACAUAACUAAUUUUACUAUGCAAGACAAAGCAUGUUUAAAUCCAUUCAAUUAUUAAACUCGGAAAAUGCUGCAUGUCUACGAAAACUAGCUUUGUAUUGCAAACAUGCUUUUAAGCUACGAUAUACUGCUUUGAAUAAUAAUUCUUAACUUUUAACAUGUUGAAAUCAUUGUUAGUUCAUAUAUGUAUAUAUGUAUAAGGCACUCUCGCAUUUAUCAACUAUUGCAAUGCCAUGUGUUAUGUUAUUGUAACAACGAUGAACUGUGUAUGUUCAAGUUAACAAUAAAUUUUCUGUUUCUGUUC